AAUUUUAACAUGUUUUCAAUGUAUGUUUUCCUGUCUAAAAACGAGGAUGAAAACGAAAAGCACCUCAAUGUCUGAAACCAAUAGGAGACCGUGAACUGAAAGCUGUAAUAACAAAAUAAUGAAAAAGAAGUUAUUUUUAUUUUUAGUGGCCAUUUCUCUUUCUCUGUUCCAUUGGCUGCUUUAGUUAUUACAUCCAUUGAAAUAUCCUUAUUGAGCUCUUCUUACGAAAGAUUGUUUUUGCUUUGAGCUUGUUGUGAGCUUUUGCUUUUGCUUUGCUUUUUUUUUUCCCGUCCAUUUUGGGGGUCUAUGGGUGCUUUCUUUGCUUUGUACCUUCUUCAAAUAUAUAUAUAUAUAUAUAUUAAAACAAUAAAGCUUUAUGCUCUUGGUUUUAAAUAUUGUUCUUUGGGUUCUCCAUGUCAGAAUUUGAAAUGGGUUUGUCUUAUAUUCUCUUAUGAGAUUUUACUUUACUAAAUUGAAAUCUUUAAAUUGCUUUUUGUUCUCUUUGGUCUUUGCCUUUAGGUCUUGUUAGUGUUGCUACUUGCCUUGGAACUAAAUGAUUCUCUUUACUUGUCUGUGGAUAUAAAAAUUUUGGUUAAUUUUGGGUUUAGGGUAUUUGCUCAUUAUCUGUUUGAUGAUAUAUAUUUAUGGUCAUUGAUCAGGAAUGUCAUUGCUUAUGACCAUGACCAACCUGGUUUUGUUGCUUUCAAUUUUCACUCUCUUUGUUCAAGUGUUUUCAGAGGAGGCUGCUUUGGGGCCUAAUGUUGUGAAUGUUGGAGCUAUUUUCUCAUUCGACACCAUUAAUGGGAAAGUUGCAAAGGUUGCAAUGAAGGCAGCUGAGGAUGAUAUAAACUCUGAUCCAGGUAUCCUUGGUGGGAGGAAAUUGUCUGUUGCCCUCCAUGAUUCAAACUACAGUUCAUUUCUUAGCUUUAUUGGAGCAUUGCAGUUUAUGGAGACUGACACUGUAGCGAUAAUUGGUCCACAAAGUUCUGUGAUGGCACAUGUUCUAUCACAUCUUGCAAAUGAGCUCCAUGUUCCAUUAUUGUCAUUCACAGCCCUGGAUCCCGGCCUGUCACCUCUGCAGUACCCGUUCUUUGUUCAAACAGCACCUAAUGACAAAUUCCAGAUGAUUGCCAUUGCUGAGAUGGUUAGUUACUUUGGUUGGGCUGAAGUGAUUGUUGUUUUUAGUGAUGAUGAUCAGAACCGAAAUGGUAUAAUUAUGUUAGAUGAUAAGCUUGCUGAGAGGCGUUGCAGGAUAUCUUAUAAAGCCACACUUCCACCGGACCCGAUGGCGAAAAGAAGUGAUGUUCUGAAAGAAUUAGCUAAGAUUCAAAUGAUGGAAUCUCGGGUUAUUGUUCUUAACACUUUCUCGAAAACAGGUCUCUUGGUCUUUGAAGUGGCCAAGAGCCUUGGAAUGAUGGAGAAGGGAUAUGUUUGGAUAGCUUCUACUUGGCUAUCCACUGUUUUAGAUUCAACUUCCCCACUUAAACCUGAGACUGCAAACUCGAUCCGAGGAGUACUUACGCUUCGCCCUCAUACACCUGAUUCAAAAAGGAAAAGGGACUUUAUUUCACGUUGGAACCAGCUGAGUAAUGGUUCUAUUGGGUUAAAUCCUUAUGGUCUUUUUGCCUAUGAUACUGUCUGGAUGAUUGCUCGUGCAGUAAAGUUGUUAUUUGAUCAGGGUAGCACCAUUUCGUUUUCCAAUGAUGAACGAUUAAUCAGUCUUACUGGGAUGGAUCUAAAUCUUUCUGCAUUAAGUAUAUUUGAUGGAGGGAAGCAGUUGCUUAAGAACGUAAUAGAGACAAAGAUGACCGGUUUGACAGGCCCUGUUCAGUUUAAUCAAGACAGGUUCCUCAUAAAUCCUUCGUAUGACAUUAUUAAUACGGUUGAAACUGGGUAUCGACAGGUUGGAUACUGGUCUAACCACUCUGGUCUUUCCAUUGUGCCACCAGAGACACUUUAUGGAAAAAAGCCUAAUCGUUCUAGCUCAAACCAACACCUGGACAGUGUGGUAUGGCCUGGAGGAGAAACAAUAAAGCCUCGAGGUUGGGUUUUCCCAAACAAUGGAAGAGAAUUAAGAAUCGUAGUUCCAAAUCGAGUUAGUUACCGAGACUUUGUCUCAGUAGUCAAUGGCACAAAUAAGGUGCAAGGAUAUUGCAUAGAUGUAUUUCUUGCUGCAAUUAAGUUGAUGCCAUAUGCUGUUCCGUACAGGUUCAUUCCAUUCGGAAAUGGCCAUGAGAACCCUAGCUAUUAUGAGCUUGUCAGUAAAAUCGCAGCCGGUGUCUUUGAUGGCGCAGUAGGUGAUAUUGCCAUUGUGACAGACCGGACGAGAAUAGUAGAUUUCACUCAGCCAUAUAUAGAAUCAGGGCUGGUGGUGGUAGCUCCAGUAAAAAAGAUAAGUUCGAACCCUUGGUCCUUCUCACGGCCAUUUACUCCAUUAAUGUGGGCUGUCACAGCAGUAUUUUUCCUCAUUGUUGGAUCGGUUGUGUGGGUCCUUGAGCACAGAAUAAAUGAUGAAUUCCGGGGCUCUCCGAGGCAGCAAUUUGUCACAAUUUUAACGUUCAGUUUCUCUACGAUGUUUUUUUCACAUAGAGAAAACACAGUGAGCACACUUGGACGGCUUGUACUGAUUAUCUGGCUUUUUGUAGUUCUGAUAAUCAAUUCAAGCUACACUGCGAGCCUGACAUCGAUCCUCACAGUGCAACAGUUAUCGUCACCUAUCAAAGGAAUUGAUACUUUGAUUAGUAGCAGUGAACCAAUAGGCUUCCAAAUCGGGUCUUUUGCCGAAAGGUAUCUAGCUGAGGAACUGGGUAUUCCGAAAUCUAGACUUGUUCAACUUGGCUCACCAGAAGACUAUGCCCAUGCCCUUGAGAAGAGACAAGUAGCUGCAGUAGUCGAUGAGCGACCAUACGUGGAUCUCUUCCUCUCAGACCGAUGUGAAUUCUCGAUUAGAGGCCAGGAGUUCUCCAAACGUGCAUGGGGCUUUGCAUUUCCUCGAGACUCUCCGUUAGCCAUUGACAUGUCCACUGCCAUUCUUGCUCUAUCCGAGAACGGCGAGCUUCAGAAGAUUCACGACAAAUGGCUGUCAAGAAGUGCAUGUAGUUCUGAGAAAUCUGAGGAUGAAGCAGAGCAGCUUGACUUACAAAGCUUCUGGGGACUAUUUCUUAUAUGCGGAAUCGCAUGUAUUCUAGCUCUCCUUGUAUACUCUUUGUUGAUGUUUCGCCAGUACAGCCGACGCAGUCCUGAGGAACUGGAUUCUACAAAUCGUAACAAUUCCUUCUCUGCACGUCUUCGUACAUGUCUCUCAUUCAUUGAUGGAAAGGUUGAGAACUCCAAAAGCAGCUCAAAAAGAAAACGAGACAGUAUGCACUCGGAUGUAUAGAUUUUAAGGUUUCACUUCAUCUUCCAGUUCUAAAGAAUCAGCUUUUCCCUCCUUUCCUCUGCUCUACCGGUUAGCCUUCUAUGGUUUUAGCACUUAGCAGAUUCAAUCAUCUGUAUGUUACUUGGACUUAGAUGUGUAUCGGAGUAACAUUGAACAUAGAAUGUAACAUAUAUGAAAGUAAUGUAGCAUAUACGUAAAGAUAGGAUUCUCUUUGAAUUGCAACAAACAAUAGAGAAACACAUUAUGUUUUCUUUUUCUUGUUCUACAUAAAUCAAACUCUGCCUAUUUGAAUGAGGAGGAGAAAUUUUGAACAAAAAUCAAAACUUUCAAUAUCCAUGAAAAUCAAAGAAAUAAACCGAAC